AUGAGUAAUAGCGGGUUUGGGAGUUACAGCAGCUCCUCUGCUGUAGGCGGAGCCUGUGGAGGUAGUGAACAAGCCUCUGGGGGAGUACAGGACAUUAAACCUUGUUGUGUAAACCAGCUGCUCACCUCCAGUCUGGUUGGCAGUGUAUUUAAGAUUUGGGGAACUGAAAUUUCCCAAAUCUCUGUUGUCUGGACAAUCAGACAGGCAGAGGGCGCACCACGCUAUAUUCUUUACAAAACUGAUGAUAUGACGUUGAAGCCUAUAGUGGCGUGGCUGUGGUUUGGCAGAAAUGAAGCAAAGUGGGUGAUUCUGCUUCCACUUGGAGUAUAUGCCAAAGUUUUUGGUAUCCUCAAAGGUACUGGCUGAACAAAGAGCCCUGAGAUAUUGAAAAUCCGUGCCCUGGAAGAUACAAAUGAGCUCACCGUACAUGUUUUAGAAACAGUCAAUGCACACAUGAUGCUGGAUGAAGUUCGCAGAGCGACCACUGGACAAAGUGAGCCUGUUGCUCCAUGGGGAAUGAGUGACACCAUGGAUUACAUCGAACGCCACAUCAACUUCAUCCGGAAAGACGUGCUACGCUUGAUUCACGAGAGUCCUCAACCUGAAGGAAAGAGUAUCCGGGAGCUCCGGACAGAGCUUCAAAACAUGAGCGUUAGAAAUAUCCGGAAAGUGAUUGAUUCUCUGAUCAUUAGUGGCCAUGUCUACUCCAUUGUGGAUAAGGAGCAUUUUAAAUCUGAUGGAGGUUGCUAA